AUGCCUUCGUCAACUUCUUUCGCCGCUUUCAGCUCAUCCGGUGCAUCUCGUUCGACACCCUCGCCUUCUCCACAAUCUUCAUCAUCUCCUCAAACCACUCAGCCAACUUUUUUGUCACCUCCGUCUUUGGAAGAUACUGCAGAAGCUUCAGAUGCCAGCGAAUUCGAUAAAUCCUCUAGUCACGACGACGAUUCUGACUAUUCGCCACAUUCUAGUAGAACCACCACGAUAAAAAGAAAGCAAACUAAAAAAAUGGUUAAACGACGACGUUUAGUACGCGCAAUGGACAAGGACAACACCAAAAAUGUAAAAAUACAGAAUUCCGAUACAGCCGACGAGCUCAGCACAGCAUCUAAACCUUCGACAAGUCAAACAAAGCACGAUAGAAAAGUAGCAGCAGCCACAUGGGCAGAUGAUGGUAGUUUAGAUCUCUAUAGACGACGAUUACACGAAUUACGUCAAGAAUUUCAAGAUUCUAUAAACAAAAGUCGAAAAACUUUUUACAAUUGUCCACGAAGGCAAGAUAUAAACAAGGAAGAAGAAAAACGUGAAGAGUUUUGUGUAGAAGAGAACGAUACAGAGACUGGAGCAACAGAUUACACGCCGUGGGAUGUUAUAGAGACGGCAUCGGGACUUGUAGCACCGAAAUAUGUAUUGACGCAUUUACUGCCUCAUCAACGUGAUUGUCUUGAGUGGCUUCACAAGCUACACGAACGAGGAGUUGGUGGCAUUUUAGGAGAUGAUAUGGGGCUUGGAAAAACAGUUCAAUUAGCGUCUUUUAUUGGCUCAUUACAUACUGUUGGACGACUUCGGACAGUUCUUCUUUUGUGUCCAGCAUCCGUGCUUUUACAGUGGGUAAGGGAAUUGCACAAAUGGUCACCGUGGAUGCGUGUUGUAUUGCUGCACGCAUCUGGAACAGGAAUCACCUCAUCGUAUUCUAGUGAAUGCUACGAAAAGCUAAUUGAUGAAAUCUUUCAAUAUGAGGAGGAAGAAACAACAGAAAAUAAAGCCACAAAUGGAGGUGUCGUGAUUAGCACUUACGAAAAUGUUCGACAAUACCAAAAAUUAUUCUUGACGCGAGAAUGGGAUUACGUCGUGCUUGACGAGGGACAUCGAAUUCGAAAUCCGGAUGCUGAAACAACUUUGGCUUGCAAGCAACUGCGCACAGUUCAUCGCAUCAUCCUUUCGGGUACACCGAUUCAAAACCGGCUUCGUGAACUCUGGUCACUUUUUGACUUUGUCUAUCCAGGACGUCUUGGAACGCUACCAACAUUCGAGGAUGAAUUCGUAUUACCCAUUCGAGCAGGUGGGUAUGCAACUGCAACGAAGAUGCAAGUAUUAAUGGCGUACAAGUGUGCAUUAGCACUGAAAGAUUUGAUUGAGCCUUUUCUCCUUCGUCGUACAAAACAAGAAAUUCAGUGUGGUGAAACUAGCGAUCGGGGGAAUUUGUUACCUGGAAAACAAGAGCACAUUAUCUUUUGUCGAUUGACCAAGCGACAGCGUGCGUUGUAUAAACGUUUCUUAGCAUCACCAGAGGUAGCAUUAGUAUUGCGUCGCGAGAUUCGGCCAUUUCGAGCCAUUAUGAUCUUGCGGCAUAUUUGUAAUCAUCCGGAUCUUUUGACGUCGUUUGGAAAUGGAGAACUAGCAGAUAAGAAGCAACAAUUGUAUGACGAAGACGAGGAAGAUUUGGAUAAUCUUGUGAGUUUGUUAAAUCAAGUGGAUCAAGAAGACGAGACGGAAGACGGUGACCAUGUACCGUCAUUUGGUGAUGCAGCGUCUAGUGGUAAGAUGAUAGUGUUGCAAAAGAUUUUAGACCUUUGGAAAGAACAAGGCCAUCGCGUGUUAAUUUUUACGCAGACACGUGGUAUGUUGGAUAUUCUCGAAAGUUUUAUGUCGAAACUUGGUCAUAAUUGCACACGUUUGGAUGGUACAACCAAUGUCACCGAGCGACAACAACGUUUGGAUGCAUUUAACGACUGUAAUAGUAAUUUAUUUGCCUUCUUAUUAACAACCCGUGCUGGUGGUAUUGGCGUUAAUCUGGUCGGUGCUGAUCGUGUGGUUGUAUUUGAUCCAGACUGGAAUCCAUCCACUGACGUUCAAGCUCGUGAACGUGCGUGGAGAAUUGGACAGCAGAAACCCGUGACGGUGUAUCGUUUAGUGACCGCUGGUACAAUUGAAGAAAAGAUUUACCAUCGACAGAUUUUCAAGCAAUACUUAACAAGCAAAGUCUUGCAUGAUGCCAAACGAAAACGUUGUUUUAACAAGCAUACAUUACGGGAUUUAUUUGUACUUGAAGAUGACAAGGAGGGAGAGAAUGGAGGAAUCGAAACUACCGACUUGUUUGUUGCUGGAAAUGUUGAUCGACCUAUGGAACCUGCAGAUGAUGUUUUGACGACACCGUCAACUAGUGACGCGAAUGUAGGUGAUAAUGAUGUCGUGUUAAAGCAAUUGUUUGAUGGAGGUGAUGUACGUGGUGUAUUCGAUCAUUCGGCUGUGGAAUUUGAAGGUGUACAAAAUCAAGAAGCCGAUUUAGUCGAAAUUGAAGCGACUAAUGUAGCAAAAGGAGCGCUGAGUGCUUUGCGAGCCUCAGGAGCUUUGGUGCGUCAACAACGUGAAAGUAUCUACACACCAACUUGGACAGGUCGUUCUGGAACUGCAGGAGAUCCUUCACAGCGUCGACAGUCUGCAAUUCGUGGUCGUGGAGCUCUGCGAGGUCGACGAGAACGGUCAGGAUGCGUCUCAUCUCGUGAAAUGCUUGCUAAGAUCAGGCAGAGACAGGAAGGUGUUGCUAAGAGUGCUGCUAAGCCGUUGAUAUCUUCAGUACCAACACUGAGUGCUAGUGAUAUGACAAAAAGGCUUCAUGCGUUUCUUGUGGCGAAUCCGGCAGGGGUGACAACGGAACGGCUUUUAGAGAUUUUUGGGAAUAUCAUUGCACCGAAAGACAAGCUUGUUUUUCGGCAUGUAUUACGGGAAAUGGCAAUUUGUCGAGGUCGACGUUGGACAUUAAAACCGAGUUAUGACACAACAGCGAAGAUGACGAUUGCGUCGUCUGCUCCGCCUUGCCGUCAGGUGAAUCGGUAA